AUGACAGCCCCCCGUAGCACGCAAUAUGCGUCGACCAUCGCAGCCAUCACCGCCUCCCAAAAUAGCGCGCCGGUCGCCGAAUUUCGGUGCCUGUACACACAAGACGUAAAACGAAAGCAAAAACGAUGGCAGGAUGGAUAUCUCAAGUUCCACACGUUCAACAGCCGAGUCAUGGUGUACGACCAAGCAAGAAACUUUCUGGGCGAUACAUACCACAAGGACAGCAACCAAAUGCAGGAAGGCGAUGAACUCACUUUGAACAACGGCGCGCUGGUAGAGGUCGCCGAGCCCAUGGGCAUCACACAUACAGACCUGACACAACUACUCGAGAAGAAGACCAAAGAGCAGCCCCCACCCCGCCCGACCGUUCCUUCCCAACCGAAACCGUUCCAAAGACCGUCAUCGGUAGCACCGGCCAAUGCCCAGCGAAGCGCAUCCCAACUGCGCCAUAAAUCACUCAAUACCCUGCUUGGAACGCCGAAAGGGCCAAUCGGGAAGGCCCAACCUAUGAAGUCCCCGUACGAGGCUCGGAAGGAAAAAGAGAAUGAACAGAUUGAGGAAAGCGCGCCGAAGAGGCAGAAGACGGUCCAGCCAAUCUCCAACCGGAGGGAGUCCAGCCCGGCUCAAGAAGAAAGCCCUGUAGCAAAGAGAGACUCGGCCAUACCUCCAAGACAGCCGGAAGCGAAGAAUGCCCGAAAACCUGCUAAGUUUGUGCCGCCGACAGCGACCGUCAUUACGAUAGAACCCGAGUCCGACCCUCAUUCGGCGUAUUUAUCAGACGUAACGCUCCCAAGCACACCACCAAAACUUCGUAGGGCGAGGGCACAAUCUGGCGUAGUUCAUACUCCAGCUCCGCAACCCAGUAUAUCUCAGCAAUCAUCCGUACAAACUCCAAAGAUACCUAAAGGUAAGGUGCCAAUACCAAGCGCAAAGGCUUUAGAGACUCCAAAGCAACGGGCCCCACCAUCCUCGCCCCCAGUGAGCGCCUCGAAUCGCCUCAUGAACGUCGAUUUUGCGGUCCAACCGAUAAAGGAGCCAUCCAAAGACCCUACACCUCCAGCGCAGCCUUCGCCUCCUCCUAAUCGCAAAGUCAAAUCGCUCCGGUUGUCUACAGGUGUAAAGCGCGGAAAGUUGCUUUGUCAGUCUUUGCCCCAACAGACAGUAAGAGCUGGGGGCGAGGCCAGAGCGACCAGCUUCAAAGCCAGGGUUCGGCCAACAUCACGCAUAAUAAGCAAGGAACCAUCGCCUGCAGUGUCGCAAAACAGUAAUCCUCCACCACAAGAACUUGUCUCUGAAGUGUCCAGACGGAUAUCCAAAGACAAGCGAAGAAGGACAGAUGCUGAAGAUAGUGACGAUGUUGCGUUAAAAAGAGCGAGGGUCUCCAAGUCCCCAUCACUGCCAUCGUUGAGUGUCCUAGAAGAUCCAGAAGUCAUACAUGGCUUCAUGGAUCAGCGACUAUUAGUACCCUCGUCUCCUCCACAACCUCAGAUCAUAUCUUCUUCUCUUCCAGAGAACGUUCCCCAGUCUAAACCGGCCAUCACCAAAAAGAUGAAGAAGAUAUCCACUGAAUCAUCACUUAAGCCCACGACUGCGAGACCAAAAUCACCCCUAUCAAAGGAAACUGUCCGGAAAGCGCAGUCACGAAACAGCAUUGUAGAAAAGCCCGCGCCAACACACAAAGUCCCAUCGCCUCCCAUACCCACGCUCGAUCCACUGAUACCAGUAUCGAGAGAUGUGUCGCCAGUGCAUACCGAAGCCUCAGAAGCACGAUCACGUACGUCUUCAACUUCGCCUCGCAAAGUCCCCCUUUCAACCGGCGGCAUCCCCAAGCGGCCACCAAAGCGGACCAAGAAGCAACCCACCUCAUCCACCACGAUAGAGGAAGACUCUGCUUUACCCCCUCAUAAUGAGCCCGUAGCUCUGCCGCCACAUCCCCUUCGGGCAAACAAGAAAGGCCCCAUGAUGAGCACAACCGAACUAGCAUCUCUUCUCCAAAAACCGAACAACCUGGCCAAGGUUCUCGCGGAUCCCAUUGAAGACGGCUCAAACAUCACCAGUGCAGGAAAGUCGCCGAGCAGAAACUUCAGACGUGUCAGAAGUGAGAACGAUGCACCGAUACCCAGUGCAGCAGACGAUUGGGAGAAGCGCAACCUAGCAAAAACCCCAAGCGAUGCUACAGAUCUCGUGGACGAACCGACCGUGACUGCCGUGACUGGGGAACCAAAGAAGAAGAAAAGCAGUGGGUUAGAUGCAUUGAUCAAGCGAACGGAUCCUAGACGGAAGUUCAAGAGGACGCAAAGCCUGCAGGUGGAAACCAAUGUAUCACCGCUGGCUGGGGUAGAGGUUGAAUUACCGAGUCCUGUAGUGGACAACGAUGUUGGACCAUGGAGUACGGAGGCCGGCGACUUGUUCGACUGGAGGCCGCCCGGAAGGGGCUGA